AUGAGUUUUCAAAGAUUACUCGUAUGUCUGGAAAGUGAGUGCCGAUCGUCAGCGGCCGGCGGCGGCCGUACGGGUCAUACGGGAGCCAAUCAUUUGCUUAAUUUGUUGGGAAAACAUUGCAUUCAGUCUUUGAUAUGUAUUCACGAGAAGAUGUCUAAGUUUGAUAGACAUAGCGCUCAAUACAAGCCCUUUGAUUCAAAUGCUAGUAAUUUAAUGACACAAAUAUAUAAUGCGUUGAAAGACGAGUGGAUCUCCGAGUGUCAAGACUUGUGUCAAAUUAUCGCAAACCCACACUUGAGGGCAAUCCUGUUUGCGGCCGACUGUGUGGCCAGAAAUGACUACUCGCCUGCCCUUCCAUCCCAUGACUACGCAGACGAUGGCAUCGAUUCCGGUGGUGAAGACUACCCGUCGACACAACCGCUCAAAUUAGUGCGAGUCGUGAAGAAUGACGAACCGCUCGGCGCCACCGUUAAGGUGGACGAGAAGAGCGGUGCCGUUGUGUUGGCGCGAGUGCUGGUCGGAGGGGCCGCUCACAGGAGUGGACUCAUUAAUGUUGGCGAUCAGAUACUGGAGGUGAACGGCAUCUCAGUUCGCGGCCGUUCACCCAUUGAUGUCAUUACACUUCUUGAGCGUAACUGCAAGGAAGGGGUCAUUCGUUUCAAACUUCUGGCCUCAGAUAUCGAUUCCGAUCGUACGGUCAUUGAGAGUGCUGUUCACGUUCGGGCGCUCUUUGAUUACGAGCCAUCAGUUGAUCCGCAUAUCCCUUGCGGUCAGAUUGGUUUGCCCUUCAAAAAGGGUAACAUUUUAAAUGUGGUGAACAAAGAGGACCCGAAUUGGUGGCAGGCGUCCAAACUGCCCGAUCCCUCGGAGAAAUGNAGCCAUCAGUUGAUCCGCAUAUCCCUUGCGAUUGGUUUGCCCUUCAAAAAGGGUAACAUUUUAAAUGUGGUGAACAAAGAGGACCCGAAUUGGUGGCAGGCGUCCAAACUGCCCGAUCCCUCGGAGAAAUGUUGGAUGACUUUCGCCGGUUUAAUACCCGGACAACAGCUGCAGGAAAGACGUUUGGCUGUAAUGCGAGAUCUGAAGACACAAAUUGACAAAAACCGUUACAUUGAGAUAAUCCCCGGCUGUAAGAGUCCGUUCCGCAAAUCCGUUUGGAGCGCACGUAAAGUGAAGAAAGUCAUGUAUGAUGUGUGCCAUAGCGUCCACUUCGAUAGGGAACAGAUAGCAACCUAUGAACCGGUGGCUAAAUGCUAUCCCCAUCCCAAUCACUUCAGACCAAUCGUAUUCAUAGGUCCGGUAGGUGUCGGCCGAAAGACACUCAUCAGGUUUCUAAUAGAGGAGCGCCCGAAUCACUUCCGGCGACCAAUCGCUCACACGAGUCGAUUCAAGCGUUUCAAUGAAAACGAUGGCAUCGAUUAUCACUUCGUAAGCGAUGAUUGGUUUCAAAAUGAGAUAAAAUGCGGAAAUUUCAUAGAAUUCGGACAAUUCAAAGGCAAUUAUUACGGCAUUCAUAAGGAGUGUGUCCAUCAAAUCAUCAAUUCUGGGUUCGUAUGCAUAUUGAAUCUCAGCUCUCAAGGCCUCAAAAGGGUAUACAUCCCGGAGUUCAGGCCAUACGUGAUCUUUGUUCGGCCGCCGUAUGACUUGAAGCGAUUGAUCGCAAUUCGGACACAAAAAUGUGAUAAA